AUGGUGUCGUCGGCCACCAAAGAGUACAUGGCAACUGAUGCCGAGCUGYCAUCCGCAUCAGAGACUKCUUUGGCUGAUAAUUCCCAACGGAUGGACGGAGGCUACAUUGCAUGGCUCCAAGUCCUAGGAAGUUGGAUACUAUUCAUGAACACAUGGGGUCUUGCGAAUUCCUACGGCGUCUUCCAAACAUACUACGUCGAAACCUUACUCCCCGACUCAUCACCCUCAGCAAUAGCAUGGAUAGGCUCCAUCCAGCUAUUCCUAACCAUGAUCGUCGGAGUCUUCGCAGGUUGGCUGCUCGAUGCCGGCCAUCUCAAACUCCUUCUCCUCGGCGGAACAUUUCUAGAAGUUUUUGGCAUGAUGAUGACUUCCCUCAGCACGAAGUAUUGGCAAAUCCUACUCUCCCAGGCCAUUUGUACGGGACUUGGAAGUGGACUUUUGGGUCUGACGUCCGUUGCUGUUAUUCCAUUGUAUUUUUCUUCUCGGCGGAUGAUUGCGAYUGGGAUUGCUGCUACUGGUAGUAGCUUAGCGGGUAUCGUAUAUCCAAUCAUGCUGCAACAUCUAUUUCGCAGCGUCGGAUUCGCCUGGGCCGUCCGCAUCUUAGCAUUUGUAAUGCUAGGAUGCCUGCUCAUCUGCUGCGCAGUCAUGCGACUCCGACCUCGUGCAGUGGUUGAACGGAAAGCGCUAUCAUUUCGAGUGUUCAGUGAUUUUGAGUACACGAUGUUCAUUACAGCUUUCGCUCUAAUGAUGUUGUCUGUCUACGUUCCAUUCUUCUUCAUCGAGGAGUUUGCCAUUCAGCUUGGUAUGACUAGUGACAUGUCAUUCUACUUGCUGAGUAUCAUGAACGCGACCAGUCUUGUCGGUCGUCUAGCCCCUAACUGGCUGGCUGAUAAGUAUGGAGGAAUCACUGUAAUGAUACCUGGCUGCUUCUUCUCUGCUGUCAUCCUAUUCGUUAUGCGGCUUACGCACAAUCCUUCGGGUUUGAUAGCUGUUUCCGCUGUUUAUGGCUUUGUAUCUGGAGGAAUGGUAUCAUUGCCAGCUGCAAUCAUCGCAAAUCUGACUAAAGACCCUGAAGAUUAUGGCGUUCGGAUGGGAGUGGGAUAUACUGUUGCGGCAUUUGGUGGUCUGAUUGGAAACCCCAUCGCAGGCGCCCUUCGAGGAUCAUCUGGUAACACGGUCAAGGAGGUUCAGGCGGAAUACCAGUUUUCGUGGAUCUUUGCUGGAUGCAUCAUGCUGUUGUGUACAGCACUGCUAGUUACCAUUAGGAUUCACCAGAGCAGGAAAUGA